AUGCGACCCUUUGUUGGCCUUGCGGCUCAAGCCGUGUUGACGCAACCGCAUGUCGGCAUUAAGAACUUAUUUACAUUCGGCGACUCAUAUACAAGCACUGGCUUCAAUACAUCUGGACCUCAGCCAUCACCGUCCAACCCUUUGGGCAAUCCACUACUGGGUCAGGGCACUUCAGCCGGAGGUCUCAAUUGGGUCGGCUAUACCACAGCUGCAUACAAUACGAGUUUGCUGCUGGCUUAUGAUAUGGCUGUAUAUGGCGCUUCGAUCGACAACAAUAUUGUGUCCGCAGUGCCACAUGACCUUGUAUAUCAAGUCGAGACUAAUUUCUGCGACCAAUACUGCAAGACCAGCAAUAGCCCACAAGAAUGGGAAUCAGGAGAUACUCUUUUCGCUAUUUGGAUCGGAAUCAAUGAUAUAGAACAGUCCUACCAGCGAGAUGAUACUGAUGAAGCUCUAAAUUAUCUAUUCCAGAGACAUCUGCAAUUGGCUGAGACUAUGUACAAUUGUGGAGCCCGUCGGUUUUUACUGAUCAACGUUCCCCCCGUGAGUCGCACACCAGCGUACUUGGAAAGGGACGAGUGGCACCGAGAAGCCCAUCGAGUCAUGGUAGAGAAAUUCAACACCAGACUAGAUCUUGAAAUAAGGAAGUUUGAGCGACGGUUCUCAAAUUCGUCGGCCUUACUAUACGACUCAUGGUCAUUCUUCACCGAAAUACUUGAUCAUCCGACUGACUAUGGGUUUUGUGCUGAUACCACUUGCAUUGGGGAUGGGUGUUUAUGGUGGGAUUCAUAUCAUCCCGCUUCUGCGGUGCACUCUCUACUGGCCUUGGAUCUUCAGAAUGUCAUUCUUUCUCAGUGA